AGGGCGGGGUGGCACGUGAGGCGAGUCCCGCGCGGCUGCCCUGGCCCCGCAGUGGCCACUCCGCCCUCGGCUCCACGUGCCGGUUCCGCCUGCAUCAGAACCUGCACCAUGGAGCCCGCAGAGGACAGCUUGGGCACGGCCAUCCGGCUUUCGGAGCCACCCGUCGUCCCGGUUGUCCCGCAGUGGCGCAGCCCCUGGUGCCUGCGGGGAGCGCUGUCCUCCGACGUGCGGCGGGAGGCGGCUGCUCUGGCGGCGCUCGCGGGCCCGGUGUUCCUGGCGCAGCUGAUGAUCUUUCUCAUCAGCAUCGUCAGUUCCAUCUUCUGCGGACACCUGGGCAAAGUCGAGCUGGACGCCGUGACACUCGCUGUUUCCGUUGUGAAUGUCACCGGGAUUUCAGUCGGAACUGGCUUGGCCUCAGCUUGUGACACUUUGAUGUCCCAGUCCUUUGGAGGCAGGAACCUGAGGCGCGUGGGGGUCAUACUCCAAAGGGGCAUCCUCAUCUUGUUGCUCUGCUGCUUCCCCUGCUGGGCCAUCUUCCUCAACACGGAGCACCUGCUCCUGCUCCUGAGGCAGGACCCGGAAGUUGCCAGGCUAGCCCAGGUUUACGUGAUGAUUUUCAUCCCUGCUCUUCCUGCGGCGUUCCUAUUCCAGUUGCAGACACGGUAUUUACAGAGUCAGGGCAUCAUUAUGCCCCAAAUUAUCGUUGGGGUCGCAGCAAAUGUUGUCAACGUGGGAAUGAACGCCUUCUUGCUGUUCGCCUUGGACCUCGGAGUGGUAGGGUCAGCCUGGGCCAACACCACCUCCCAGUUUUUCCUGUCUGCCCUGCUUUUCCUCUACGUGUGGUGGAAGAGGAUCCACGUUCACACCUGGGGAGGUUGGACGAGGGAGUGUUUCCAGGAGUGGAGUUCCUACACCCGCCUGGCCAUCCCCAGUAUGUUCAUGGUGUGCAUCGAGUGGUGGACCUUCGAGAUUGGGACCUUCCUUGCAGGCCUUGUUAAUGUGACGGAACUGGGGGCCCAGGCUGUCAUCUAUGAACUGGCUUCUGUUGCCUACAUGGUGCCCUUUGGCUUUGGUGUGGCUGCCAGUGUCCGAGUGGGCAACGCUCUGGGGGCAGGGAAUGCUGAGCAAGCCCGGCGUUCCUGCACCACUGUUCUCCUGUGUGCUGGUGUCUGUGCGCUCCUGGUGGGAAUUCUGCUUGCAGCCUUGAAGGACGUGGUUGCCUACGUAUUCACCAACGACAAGGACAUCAUUUCCCUUGUGAGCCAAGUGAUGCCCAUUUUUGCUCCCUUUCACCUGUUUGAUGCACUUGCAGGCACCUGUGGCGGGGUCCUGAGAGGGACAGGGAAGCAGAAGAUAGGUGCGAUCCUUAACGCCAUCGGUUACUACGGGUUUGGUUUCCCUGUCGGAGUGUCUCUGAUGUUUGCUGCUAAACUUGGGAUAAUAGGCCUCUGGUCUGGACUGGUAGUCUGUGUUUUCUCCCAAGCUGUCUCCUAUUUAAUCUACAUCAGGAGGACGAACUGGAAUAGAGUUGCAGAGCAGGCACAAGUUCGAGCUGGGCUAAAAAGCGGCAAAGAGAUGAUACCCACCCCAGCAGAAAGAGACGCUAUCGAUGGAGUGAUUUUGCCAGACAUCGUCAGACCGGAGGUCCAGACGGGCCCGCUGGUAGUAGAAGAAAGCCAGCAUGCAGUGCCCACCGUCGGGGAGAUCUUGACAGGGAGACAGCUGAUCGUCUAUCGUGGCUUGGCCCUGGCUGUUUCCAUUGCCGUCCUCAUAGCAGGAAUCGUAGCGCGAGUUCUCAAUGAUCGUGGCUAAGAUAGGCUUCUCACCGGUCUGUGGACUGGUGAUUAUUGUGUACCACGUCCUGAUCAUGGGCGGGAGCUUGUUGUUGGAACAGAAGCCUUCUCUUAACUGUGGGUAGAAGGGCUGCCAGCAAGCAUCCUUGGUUACACUGAGAGACCGCCCCACUCUACUGCAGGUCAAGAAGAUGCAGUAGGCUUGCCUAGUGUGUGCAAGGCCUCUGUUGGAUGGUCAGCACCAGGGUUUGUGGGUGGGGUGGGGGGAGAAUGAACAAACGAAUGAAUGGCUAUCCAAACUGCGGGGCGUGCUAGGGAUAGAGUGCACAGACAUCAGCACCUGCUAGGCAAGUGCUCCACCACUGAGCACUCCCACAUUCCGGAAGCCCUGCCUUUAAGGAUGCUUUCACGUUAUCAUGGUUUCCAAAUAUGUCAGUUUGAUUUUCCCUACUGGAAAUGUACCUUACCCACCCCUGCAUCCUCCGCUGCCGGAUCCUCACGGUGAGUGAGUGUCAGGUACCCUUCUCCCUGUCUGGGUGCCACAGAAGCACUUAUAAAAUAAAUACCUAAGAUUUACAAGGCACGCUGAGAAUAUUUGAGGACAUGAUGUUAUUAUAAAUGGUAGCUUUGGGGUUUUACCUUUAAACAAUUUUCAUACUAAUUAGGAAAGAUAUGGAUUCUUGUUUUGUUUUGCUUUUGUUUUUUGUUGGUCCUUGACUCCCACAAUGCUUUGGUUUGGUUUCACUUUCCAGGACAGACAUUUUUAUAGCUUAAUCUAAAAAAUUUGGUCAAUCCUAAGAUAAUUUUUUUAAUACUAUAUACUAAAAGCGAAACAAAACAAAAACAAAAGCAAAGAGCACCAGGCAUUUCCUAACACAAAGCUCCCGAGUUACCCACAGUGGAGUACAGAGCCCUGCAGUUUUAGUCAGCUGCCGUGACUGUACCAUAAACCUGGUGAUAUUGGCAGACACAGAGAAAACUUUUUAUUUGUUUUGGAAUCUUCAUCCGUGGUCAGCUGCUGGGUUGUCUUGGGGAGUCUGUGAUGGAGCAGAGAGGCUCCCUUCGUGACCUGGAGACAAUGGAAAAGAAAGAGGCGGGGCUCUGGCUAUCCAUCCAUGGCCAGGCUGCCAGGGACUGGACGUCCUCCCAGACCCCACCUCUUAAAGGUUCUCAGUCUGCCACGAGCGCUGUACUGGAGACUAAGCCUUUAACACAUGGUCCUUAGUGAACACUUCGCUUAUUUGAUUUGCUGUCUUAAGGGUGAGAAGACAAUCCAGGAUCAUCAACUCUCUCUGGAGAGCUGAUAAAGAAACCCAUAAUAAAUAGUGAGUUUAUAAGGAUUAAAAACUUACAUCCCCAAAGAGACAAUAGAAUAUAUUAGAACCACAUCCCAGAGCAGGACGCUAUAGGAUAAAACAUUUUGAGGUAAAUUUAGACUGCAUACAAUGCGCCGUCUGUGAGCGAGGACCUCAGCGACAUUCAGUUCAAGUGCGCGGUCAUAACUCUCACCUAGUUGUAAAGCAUUUCAUCGUCCUCUCCCCAAAACUCGCGUUUAUCAAGAGGGCACUCAAGUCCCUUUCCUCCAGCCCCCAGCUAACACCAGCCUGCUUUCUGUUUCUGUGGAUUUACCGCUGGAGUACUGAAGGACCACGUCGGAUGCUUUGACUCUGCUUCUUGAGACUCCUCCCCCUGAGCCACGCCCAUCUGGUCCUUCCUUUCCUGGCUGAGAGAUAGAUACAUCUACGCUGCUUCCCUCUCAGCUGGUGUGAACAGUGCUGGUGUGAUCGUUCACACACAGGGUCUCUGUAUACACACCUGUCGCACUCCUUCCGAAUACGUCCUGGGAAUGGGUCGAGUUAUACUGCGGUUCUGCAAGUUUUAGGGGCACUUACAGCAGGACAGACGGGGAAACUACGGGGAUGUGGGAAAGAGAAAGGACCCACGCUCCAGAGCUUGCCAGUAGAGAUGCAAGAACCCCAGCAUUUACUGUGAAUGCUGCCAAUAUAAAGAUAAUAUUUCUUUCACAUUUAGCUAUUAGAUGUCAGUGAAUCAGGCUUAAAGCCAGAAUGCAUAUGAUCUUGAGUAGGGCCUCACUUUUCUCCUAGAUUAGCAGUUCUCAACCUGUAGGUCACGUCCCUUUUAGGGGUCCAACGACCCUUUCACAGGGGUUGCAUAUCAGAUAUCUUACAUAUCAGAUAGUCACAUUACAAUUCAUAACA